UCUCUCUUUCCUUCCUCCACAGACCCCAAAAACACUUUUAUUUCUCUCCUCUCUGCUUUCUCCAUUUGCUCUUUCCUUCUUCAAACUUGCUCUUUUCUUUUACUCUGGCUGAGCUUAGUUUUCUUAUUCAGGCAAACUUAUGAAGUCUCCUUCGUUGACUGUGAAUGCUCAGGGUACCAAAGCUUCUCCGAGUAGUAGAGUUGAAGAAACUUCAGAUACGCAGAUACAGUUUAAUGACUAUGCACCCAAGGUGAGGAAACCAUACAUUAUAACAAAAGAAAGAGAGAGAUGGACUGAUGAAGAACACUACAAGUUUGUUGAAGCCUUGAAAUUACACGGCCGAGCAUGGAGACGAAUACAAGGACACGUGGGCACAAAGACUGCUGUUCAGAUUCGAAGCCAUGCUCAGAAGUUCUUCUCUAAGGUUGCUCGAGAAGCAACUGGAGGAAGUAAUGGGAGCUCGGUGGAGCCCAUUGUGAUACCGCCUCCUCGUCCCAAGAGAAGACCAAUGCAUCCUUACCCACGUAAGUUGGGGAACGAGGGAGAUCAAGCAAGUAGAUCGGUUUCUCCCUCAGAACGUGACAACCAAUCUCCAACCUCUGUGUUGUCCCCUGUUGGAUCAGAAGCCUUGGAUUCCUCUGAUUCACAUUCACCUGAUAGAAGCUUGCCCCCAGUUUCCUCUGCAUCACCUCAGGCUGCUCUUGCAAGUACUUCAAAUGCACCUGAAGAGCUUGAGACUCUGAAGCUGGAGUUAUUUCCAAGAGAGAGGUCUAUCAAGGAGCCAACAAAGAAAAGCCUUAAACUCUUUGGGAAGAUAGUUUUGGUAUCUGAUUCAGACAUGUCCUCUUCUCUAACAACUUCAACAGCUUAUUGCAAGUCACCGAUUCAGCCAUUACCACAAGAAGAACUCUUGAGCUGUUGGAUACAAGUCCCUCCUAGGAAAGAAGAAGUGGAAAACAGAUGCUUAGAUUCAGAAAAGGCCUUCCAAAAUGAAGGAUCAUCGACUGGAUCAAACACUGGUUCGGUGGAUGAUACAGGACACACGGACAAGAGCUCAGAACCUGAAACGAUGGUAUGUCAAUGGGAGUUUAAACCUAGCGAGAGGUCUGCAUUUUCUGAACUAAGAAGAGAAACCUCUGAGUCCAACUCAAGAGGAUUUAGUCCGUACAAGAAGAGAAAGACGGUUAUAGAAGCAGCACAAGAAGAGAUUCGCCUCUAUUUAUAACUAGGAUAUUUUCUCAGGUACUCAAGUCCUUAAAUUCAAUAUUCAUUCAACUUCAUAACGUUCAUCAAAGUGUUCUUAUUUGUUGUUUCAGUUUUUUUUGUUCAAGCUGUUUGUUGUCUAGGCUUAAAUUUCUGCAUAAUCUGUAACUGUAAAACACUGGUAUUCUAUAAAUAUUUUUUUCUAUUAA